AUGGAUUCUAACAUGUUUGAUCGACAAGUUUCAUCCUCAAACAGGCUUGAGGGAAAAGUUGCAAUCAUAACCGGUGGUGCAAGAGGAAUUGGAGGUGCCACAGCAGAGUUAUUUGCCAAGAAUGGAGCUUAUGUUGUCAUUGCUGAUGUACUAGAUGAACUAGGAUCACACUUAGCUACUUCAAUUGGAGGGCGCUACAUACAUUGUGAUGUUUCAAAGGAAAAAGAUGUCGAAGCAGCCGUAGAAUUCGCCUUAGCAUGGAAAGGCGAACUAGACAUCAUGUUCAACAAUGCUGGAAUUGGCGGCCCUGGAGGAAGCAUCUCUGAUCUCGACAUGGAAGAUGUUAAAGCCGUCCUCUCCAUCAAUCUGUAUGGCAUCAUCCAUGGAAUCAAGCAUGCUUCGAGGGCGAUGAUCUCGGGGAAAAAUGGAGGCAGCCUUAUCUGUUCAUCAAGCUCAGCAGCCAUCCUGGGAGGUCUAGCUUCACAUCCCUAUACAGCAUCAAAAAAUGCAAUUCUUGGACCGGCAAAAACCACUGCUUGUGAGCUGGGAAUGCAUCCGAUUCGCGUAAACUGCAUUUCGCCUCAUGGGAUCCCUUCUGAAAUGCUGUUGGAUGCCUAUAGGGUAUGGCUUGGGAAGGAUGAUAUUAAACCUGAAGAUGUUACUCAUGAGAUCGUAGGUGAAAGGGCAAGUCUUCUGAAAGGAAGAGGUGGUAAAUUUGAAGAUGUUGCAGAAGCUGUGUUGUUUUUGGCUAGUGAUGAAUCUGGAUUCAUAGCAGGCCACAAUCUUGUGGUUGAUGGAGGCUUUACUUCAGCUGUUAGUCACUUGAGUUUCAUUUACACUCCCAUUUACUAG